GACCAUGGGGCUUUGCUCCAGGAUUUAGACUCUAGGGUGGGCAGGGGGUAGGAAAGUGAGAAGGACAGCAGUUCAAACAAAUGCCAUGUAUCUUUGUUCAGGAUCUGCCCAGUUACAAUGCAGGCAGCAGAAGAAACAGCUAAGAAGAAGAACAAGAAGGGGAAAACCCUUACUCUGACGGACUUUCUGGCAGAAGAUGGUGGCAGUGGUGGUGGAAGCACCUUUAUUCCGAAACCAGUCAGCUGGGCCGACGAGACAGAUGACCUGGAAGGAGAUGUUUCCACCACUUGGCAUAGUAACGAUGAUGAUGUGUAUCGAGCCCCACCAAUUGACCGGUCCAUCCUACCCACCGCACCUCGGGCUGCUCGGGAACCCAAUAUAGACAGAAGCCGUCUCCCAAAGUCACCCCCCUACACUGCCUUUCUGGGAAACUUGCCGUAUGAUGUAACAGAGGAGUCCAUCAAGGACUUCUUCAGAGGACUCAAUAUAAGUGCUGUGCGUUUGCCCCGGGAACCUACUAACCCAGAGAGAUUGAAAGGUUUUGGUUAUGCCGAGUUUGAAGACCUGGACUCCUUGCUUCGGGCUCUGAGUCUUAACGAAGAGUCUCUAGGGAACAGAAGGAUACGAGUUGACGUUGCUGAUCAAGCUCAGGAUAAAGACAGGGAUGAUCGUUCCUUUGGCAGGGAUCGUGAUCGCAACCGGGACUCGGAGAGAUUUGAGACUGACUGGAGGGCUCGGCCUGCUACUGAUAGCUUUGAUGAUUAUCCUCCACGCAGGAGUGAAGAUAGCUUUGGAGACAGAUAUCGUGAUCGUGAUCGUGAUCGUUACGAUUCAGACCGGUAUCGCGAUGGCCCUCGAAGGGAUAUGGAUCGCUUUGGUGGCAGAGAUCGUUACGAUGACCGUAGUAGAGACUACGAUAGAGGAGGCUUCGAUUCCAGGGUGGGCAGUGGCCGUAGAGCCUUUGGCAGCGGGUACCGUCGGGACGAUGACUACAGAGGGGGUGGUGACCGAUAUGAAGACCGUUAUGAUAAGAGGGAUGAUAGGAUGGAUAGGUGGAACUCCCGGGACGACUACUCCCGGGAUGACGUUCGGCGCGAUGAUAGAGGUCCCACUCAGAGGCCAAAACUGAACCUGAAACCACGGAGCGCCCCCAAGGAGGAAGACUCCUCUGUGGCCCCUGCCACUCAAUCCAGCCCUGCAGCCUCUAUUGAGCCUCCCGCAAGGAAGCGUGAAGUGCAAGAGCGGCGACAGAAGGAGCAGGAGAAGCUACAGCGUCAAUUGGAGGAUGAUAAACCAAGGCUAGAAAGGCGGCCCCGAGAGAGGCAUCCCAGCUGGCGUAGCGAAGAGAACCAGGAGCGAUCACGUACAGGGAGCGAGUCCUCACAGACUGGGAACACAGGCCCAUCAGUGGGAACAGGCCCAACCGGAAGAACCACACGAAGGAGAGAGAGUGAGAAAUCCUUGGAAAAUGAAACCUUCAGCAAAGAGGACGAUACCCCGUCUCCCACUUCCAAGACCCCCAAGGAAGAGAAGCUCCCUCUGAAGGUGAUGCCAGCGCCACCGCCAAAGGAGAAUGCCUGGGUUAAACGAAGCAGCAACCCCCCUGCUCGCUCCCUGAGCUCUGACACAGAGCAGCACUCUCCCACAAGCAGCAGGCAGACAGCACUGGCCCUGCCGUCAGAGGAUCGAAUACCACCUAAGAACGCCCCUAGGAAAGGAGAUGAGAACAAACCAGAUGAGGGGAAGGAGAGCCUUCCAAAAGAUCAAAGUGGGAGUUCUGGCUGUGGUCCGGGAGACAGAGAUCAUUGGCAAGAUUCAGAUAGGAAAGAAAGCAAGAAGGAUCAUGACUCGCAAUCUAUGUCUGAGCCAAAGAAACCUGACGAGAAUACAGCUUCUAAGUUCAGCUAUGUUAGCAAGUAUGCUGCUCUGGCAGUGGAUGGUGAAGAUGAAGUGGAGGAAGACAAUUACACUGAUUAAAAUCUCCAGAUCCUGUGCUGUCUCCUAGCCUAUCGCCACUCGGGAACAUAGGAAAAGCAAACCAAACCAGACGAGACAGAAAUAAAACCUAAAACUCAACAUCUCCUGGAGACCUUUCUUAAACUUAAAAAAAAAAAAAAAAUCUCUUGCAUGCUGCUGCAGCCUUUCAAGUAUUGAACUAACUGGAGAAUCUCUGCAAAGUGUAGCGAGAGAGAAGUGCAAGUUUUAAGAGAAAAAAGGGUGACUCAGUGUGGCUUCUGGUGUGAUUAGGAGACAGGGCCUAUGCUCUAGAGUGGACAUUUAACACGUUAGCCAGCUGGGUGUCUUGGAGAAGCCUGAGCAUGUUGGGCAGUAGGACAGCUAAUUAAGGAAGAACUGGCUUUUCUCCUUUUUCUUGCUAGCCUAAAUGGAUGAAUUCUACAAUGUUACCUUAAUAAAUGAUCACCUUGAAGGUAGGGUGUCUGGUCCAUGAGGUUAUUCUAGCUUCCUUCCUUUCUUAAGCUGCCAGCUCUCCUUCCUUUGCAAAGUCCAGUGCAAUAGAAAGCAUUACUCAGUGCACGCGGGAUGGAGAAGAGUCUUACUCUCCUAACAGUGAAGGACGGGAUGAGAUGUUUAAGGGGAGGUGGUGUUCAACUGUGCCCAUCUCUGGGAAAUGAAAACCCAGAAUACACACAAGCUUUGAAUCCUGGCACUCUUCUCUGAAAGUGAUGGACUAGGGCAGGCCAGUUUAGCACGAAAGAACAAGCAGGCUUGCCAGUGAAUACAAGCACCACCCCCUGGGCAGUGGAGAAUACCAGACCUCUGUCAGUUGGAAAAGAGCUAGGCAUGCUAGUGGGGUUCUGAAAGUCCUGCCUGUGGAGGCACAAAUACUCAACUCCUCCCUCCUCUGAGCCCUGCUGGGGCUGACCAAUCACAUCUCCCUUAAAAUCUCUUCAUCCCUCCUUAGCUACCUUCUCCCCACCUCUUUAAUCACCUGGUGUUACCUCCUCCCCCCACUUUUAAAUAGCCACCCCCUCCUUGACUGAGAGCUCCCUCUUCAGAUUGGACAUGUAGAGCAAUCAAGAUGCUCAGGAGGACAUGCAAAAUAGUCUCAUGGCUGUCUGAGUGCAGGGAGCAGGCCGCAUUUCUGUGCUUCUAGAAUGUGUUCCUGCCCUUUGUCCUCUGCUUGGACAAGCAGGCAGACAGUACUGGUAGCAUAGAUCCUUGUGCAGGAAAUACCUGACCCAAACUUCCACUGAGGAGAGAUUCUCCAGUCCCUAAAUAUCCACUGGCCUGAAACUUGCAAGGUGUUAGUCAAAUUUUAAAAUUUUAACCAUUUUAAUGCACCCUCACUAGAUUUCCUGAGCUGAUGGCAGAGUUGUGAUUUCAUGGCAUUGUCUAGCCAGUAGGAGGGUUUCACUGCCUUCUAAAGAAUCUGGUUCUCAAAAAGAAUCUGUUAAUGGUGUAGCAUAAGUGGAUUACAAGACUACAGACAGCACUCACUUAACUUAUAAGGUGUGUGCACCCAUUCAGCAUUCAUCAUCUUUUUUCCUUAUUUGGGGGUAGAAUUGCCCAAAUGCUCAUGACUUGGAACUGUUUCUCUUCGGUCAAACCCAGCAAAGCACAGCUCUCUGCAUCAUGCACUGGAUUUGAUGCAUUGUUGUACAACUGCAGGUGGUUGGUUAUUUCAGUGACUUUUAAGCUAGUUUUUUUAAAAAUGAAAUCUGAGGUGUCAGCACAUACUGUGGGCAGGACAACAGGCCCGUGCUUCAACAAGUAUGGCAGGAACAGCAGAGCUGGAUUUCAAACACAGUAUUGCAUAGGUCUAGAUAACACAGGGGCUGUACCUGAGAGAACGAUCACUAAAUUGCAUCUGAAUAAAGCAUUCUCUCUCUCCACCCCCACUGCUGUUGGGACAGGGUCACGCUGAUUGAGUUGCGUUUUACACAUUCUGAAGACAUGUAAAAUUUGUACAAAAAUAUCUUCUAUGAAAAUGAUUUGUAAUCUGUAGUGGACUUCCUGGGAGAUGUCUUUUAUUAUGUAAAAUCCCCUUUUUUGGUUUUUGUUUUGUUUUGGUUUUUUGUUUCCUCCAAAUAAAACUAAUCUUUAAAACAGCCA